GGCAUCGUAUUUGUCUGGGAAUGAUCUCUUGAGCAAUUGGCAUUUGGCAGGGGGGGAAUUUCAUCGGAGGGAGAAGGAGAAGAAGAAGAAGAAGAAGACGAAGAUGGGGUACGUGUUGAGGGUGAGGUUGACGUCUUUAUUCGCUGGAGCUGCAAUGGCGUCGUUCAUCGGACUCUCCGUCCUCUACAGGGACUACAAGCUCGCCCACGAUUCCAUCUCCCACCAGGUGAAAUCACUUCAUGAUUCUCUAGAUACAAGGAUCUCCGCUCUUGAAAAUUUAAAAUAAAAAACUGAAACUCCUCAUUAAGCCUCUUUGAUACAUUGUUGAGAGGUUACGGGUUUGAGUUUCAGAAGCAACCUCUUGCAGAAUAUUCUACAAGGCAUCCAAGUUUCAGAUCCAUACAUCAUGAGUUCAAUUGUCGAUGCUAUCCCGAAGCUGAACGGAUCCAAUUUCGAGGAAUGGAAAGAACGCUUACUGCUAGAGCUUUGCCUUAUGGAUCACGACUUUGUCUUUUUCAAAGACCGGCCCGACAUCAAAGACACGAUGAGUUCCGCCGAGGAUCUCGAGCGCUGGGACCGUUCGAACCGCAUAUGCCUUAUGCUAAUGAGAUACUCGAUCCCGCGGCACCUCAGGGGGGUCGUGCCCGCUGACGUGGCAUCCGCCAAGGAAUUCCUCCAGGUCUUGGAGAAAAGCUUUGCGGUGAACAAGUUUGCGGAAGAGAGUAGGCUGUUGAAGGAACUAACCUCGAUGAGGUACGAGGGCGAGGGCGACAACAUGUGGGAGUACGUCGGGAGGAUGGUUACGAUUGCGGGUAAACUGAAGGCGGUCGGUUCCGGGCUCGAGGACAGUGUGGUAGUGAGUUUGGUACUGGACUCGCUCCCUUCGCAGUAUUGUCGGCUUAGGGCAAGUUACCGUCAUAGCGACGAGGAAUGGACUGUGAAUGAGCUCAUUAGAAAAUGUGUGCAUGAAUACGAAGGACUUAAGGUAGAUAAGGUACUGUGUGGUAAGAGGAAGAAUGAGAGUGUUGAUCUUGGACCCACCCUCAAGAAAUAAGCUCCUAUUACAGGAAAGAGAGUGACGACAAUGGGAGAUGCAGCAAUAGAAGCAUAUGGCAUCCAUAGCUGGGAAAUGGAAAUGGGAGGAUUUUUUUAUUUUUCAAACCAUAAUUUUUAUCAGGGAAAAUCCCAAAAAAUUACUCGAACUUUUCAAUUUUCCCAAAAAUUCUAAACUCUAUUAAAAUGAUAACAUAGAUUAUGACAUAUGGUUAACUCAAAAUCAU